AUGCCACACAAGGUGCCCCUUGAAGCCUUCACCAUAGAGGCGGGAAAGAGUGAAAGAAGGUGUGUGGUGACCACAUCGACCGACGGUGCGUUGAGAGGAUGGUCAGCUGCUCUUGGAGCGACAGCGUGUGUCGCCUGGGUCGCAAGCAGUCGUGAGCAGUCGCGGCAGUCGCCUUUGCAAGCCCGUCUUCAACACGCUCUGGCCCCUUUAGCCGAGAGGUUCAACGAGGGCCACAUCGAUCCUCGCUACCAGUGGCUCCAGGAGGGGACAACAUGGACCAACCCUUCAUAUGAUUCGUAUCGACACUAUGUUGUGAGUAUUCAUCAUGGUGUGGCCUGGAAGUGGUAUGAAGCCCAGCAAGCUCAGGCACUCGACAGCGGUGGUUGCUUUCCGCAUGUCCGUCAGAUCCAGCCAGAUCCAGCCGGGCUGACUCGCCAAGUACAACUAGGGAGCCAGGAAGCAGCACAGUUCUACUUGUGUGCUGUCAGUGUGGUCCUACAGCGCUUCCGCAUUGCCUCGGUUUUGGCACGAGACACGGCACGAGCAUUCGGUCGUCGGUUUGCAAACAAGGACAUCAUUUCCAGCUACAGGCAGUCGAAGGAAGAGGAUGACUCUGGAGGUGCGAACACGUCAGUGGUUCCACAGCCGAAGCAAAAGGCCACUUCGGUGCGUGGCUUCAUGUCGUGGCUCAGUGGUGCCGUCGGUGUACCCGAGCAGACACAGGCUUUGCCUCCGCUGACAUCCUAUGUAGGUGGCGAGCAGCCUCUUGCUGGGCGGAACUCGACGGGACAAGCGAUUGCCCACGAGGGAUUGGUCAGCCCCUACAACAGUCGAAAGGUGGCAUCUGGGCCGUUUCGUCCGCGUGAAGCGGAAGAGAAGCUGAAUCAUAUCGAGGUGCAGAGUGCUGCCGAAGGCAACCCACUCGAUGCCCAGUUGCAAGAGCUUCUCUCCAGGACUGUCCGGGCAUGUCCGGUCGGAUUGGCAGUGUUUGGUAUUUGGUGA